AUGCAUUUCAAGGAACGAUUUUUGAGACAGGCUGAGGUCCUGCAAGAUCUAUAUGGCGUGGCCUGGUUCCGAGAUUUUGCAGUCAAGACAAAAGCAUAUGCUGCUAUUGCUAGCACUGAUACUGCUGCUCAAAACAAGUUCAAGGAUGAUAUCUUUGAAGCCGUUCUUGCAACAGGAUUUCUAUGCAACAGCGAUCAAACGAGAUCAGCUCCUCUGAUGCUGGAUCUUCAGACGAACUAUUGCAGAGAAGUGGAUUAUUAUCCAAAGACGGUCAGCAAAGCACAAGAUAUGUUGAAGAUUCACAUGGAUGUGAUUAAAAAUCCGGGAGUGAACCUCUACCAAGGAAAAGACCAACCUAAUAAAGGUAAAGGCAAAGGAAAAGGAAAGGGGAAACCAAAAGAUGGAAAGAAGGCAGCAUCUUAUCUCAUGCAGAUUCCAACUCAAGAUGGCGGCACUGUUUCUGUCUCUUAUUCUAUGAAUGCUAACGGUAAGAUUGCGUUCGGUGGAAUGCAACUCAGCCAACAAGGCUUCACUGGUGCUCAAGUGUGCCAAGGAUUCGAUGCAACUCAAGCUCAAACUCCGCAGGUCGUGAAAACUGGCUAUUACAAUACGUCAAAUGUCUUCCAUGAUGUCUAUCUUAUUCCAUUUCCUGCUGGUACAACAAAUGUCAAACUUCAAGCCAACUGGCACUAUGCUAUUGAAAAUGAAGAUUUGCCUGAUCUUGCUACUGAAGCAGAUCAAGGUCUGCAGUUUAUCCAAAGCCACAGAAAGGAAAGAGAUCUAUUUGGGUUGUACAAUCAUGUCAUCAUGGACAGUGGUUGCACAAACACCACCAUUUGUAUUGUGAGCUCAUGCAUGGACUUCUGUGCAACUGCAAUCAAACAAGAACAGCUCCUCUGA